AUGCCGCACAAACAAGCAACUAGACCCCGUGCUUGGGGCACCCGCUUUGAUUCACUCGAGUCAUCCCCCCCUUCCUCUCCAUCUAGCCAAGACGUUGCCGCCCUCGAUGCUGAUCCUAAAGGCCAGCCGGCUGAUUCACCUAGGACAAAGGAAGAUCGUAUGCCCCAUGACGCAAGCGUUUUCGUUGGAAGCCUUCCGACAAACAUCGAGCACCAGGAACUUACACGCCUUCUUUCAGAACACCUGUCUCAAUACGCCGAAGUCAAAAAUAUAAAGGUUGUCCGCGAUGCCAAGGGUGGCGUCUGUGCGUUCGUCCAGUGCGAGGACGCCCCCUCUGCGGCCCGCUUGAUUCAAACGUUGCAGACUACCCCUCCCGAGCCUUUCUUGGGGAGGUUCCUGCGCUUCGAACCUGCGCGGGCUUUCAGGGCACUCCUGAUAUCUUUCCGUGCGCCCAUUCAGCCUGUACCUUCUGGGAACGACGAGUUCUCGUCUAUAUGUGAUUAUGAGGAAUCCCGAAAGAUAGAACUCGAUCUACCGACCUCCAUAAGACUUUGGAGGUCUCACGGCGCGAAAUACGUCUCGGUGUUGUAUAACGACGAAGCCCGCCAGUUUGACAUGCAAAAAACUGGAAAUAGCUUGGUGGAAUCUGAGGGCAACCCAGGCGAUGUUUUCUCCGGCACCGGUGUCUUCCUUUCCUCCCUCAAGUUUGACCAGGACACUAUCCUGAAGAUAAUUCCUGCCUUUGGCAAGGUCGAACAAUUCUGUCCGUAUAAUCCCCCGGAUGACCGGUUUGACUCGAGUUCACACAGUUAUCCUCAUCCGCAUGAUGCACCUCGCGCCUCGACCAUGGAUAAGAGAUGUUGGCAAGUGAAGUGGGGACAUAGGGACGAUUGUGUCAAUGCGUUGAUGACUCUUCGGCGUAUCCCAUUCCUGACGGUCACCUGGGCUCAUCAACCCAGCUCGUUCUCCCAGGAAAAUCACUAUCUUACGGGUUCACCCACCGCGCAUCACAGUCCUCGCCUCCCGAAUUCCAGCAUCGCCACGACACUCAUCGUUUUCAUGGAGCCGAGUAUCAAAGACGAGGCGACUCCUGGGACCGUUCUCUCGUCGCCUCUAUCCAAGUACCCAGCAUUCUCUGACUCGGGAAUGCUAAACACGCCUUCCAACAUGGAAUACUCUCGCGGAGAUGACGUAAAAAGAAUUGACUGGAGUGAGACCGAUUUCCCUCCUCUCCGGGAACGAAAGAGUUCAGUCACCCGCGGCAUCUCGCACGCUCAGAACAACGGCGAAUCGUUAGGAGUCUUCGAUGUUUCUUCAGAAACACCCUCUCGGCCGAACAUUUCGCUGAACUCAGAAUCAUCCGUACCUUCUACUCCUGACUUUGUCGGCUCGCCCAUCACUCCUAAAACUCCCGGAAUUAGCGCCUUGCAUACUCCUGACAGUCAAGGCAGCGAACUGGACGUAGAAGACGCGCAAGUAGGAGUACGAAACCGGGAGGUCGACCCCACGACAAUAUUCGUUGGCGGGCUAGAGAUGUUCGGGCCCCAUGCGUGGGACGAACAUAGGGUGAGGAGCUUGUUUGAGAGGUUCGGUGGCAUAGAAGACGUUCGGGUGGUUAAACCUAUGAAUAAGAAGUCUGCUUUCGCUUUUGUACGCUUCAAUAAUACGGAGGCGCCUGCACGGGCCGUGGCUGAAGAGCAUAACCAGACAUACGACGGGAGACAGAUCAGAGUGCAGCUGCGUGACAAUAAUUCGCACCGUAGCACGGGCCCAUACAGGUAUGGGUAUCGCGGGCGCGGCAGAGGCUAUCAAUACGGUACUCAGUACGGUGCCCGUCCAAGCUUCGGAAACCAGGAUCUGCUGGGACUCGAUCUGGGCAGGGAUAAAUUCGACAAGUUUCGUAGAGACGGUAUACCUGACAAACCCGUGAAUGGGCUAGCGUCCGAAUUGCGGGAUUCUUCGGAUAUCGCAGACUUCGAUCAACCCAAUACGGGCACGUCUGUUCUAUCUGCCGAGUUGCGAUUCCCUUCAAUUCAGAGUAGCAGCGCAGAUGCAACUCCCGUGGACGCGUCGUCAGAAGACUCACCCCUCCGAGGAGCGAGGCCUUCGGUCUCUCCACCUCUAUCGUCCGUCGGCUCCUCAGUCUCUGCUGCCGCUCCUGUUACUCCUUAUCCUGUCGCACCAGUGCCUUACUAUACGAAUCCGUGGAUGCAUGGAUUUGGUCAGCCAUGGUCAUACCCCAUGCCAUACAUGGCGGGGUACGCUGGGCCGCAUGUACCCGGUCAUCACACCCCUCACUCCUAUCCUGGUACGCCUGGGUCCUCAGACGCUAGUGGACCUACCUCACAGGCACCGUGGAUGGGCAUGUACAGGCCAUUUAUACCCUAUGCGCCCUAUCCUGCGCAGCAUGACUUGGCUCAAUUCUCGCUCCCCGGAGGCCAACCUCCUCUACGCCCCACCGGCUUUGUGCAGAACGAACAUGGCAUGCUAGUCCCUGUCUACCAGCCCGAGGCUUUGGGGCAGUAUAUGUCGAACGGCCCAAACCCAUCCCUGCCUCCCUCGAACUCAAAGGACGGCACGUCGUUUCCGACUUGGCCUCACGCCCAACCUCCUUCCAUGUGUCCCCCGCCUGGUCUGACGCUCCCCGCAUCGAACGCCCCUUCGCAGACACCGAACUGUGUUCCUGUUCACCCCGGAGCCACGGUCCCUUGGGGAACGCAACCUCCAACAGCUUGGCCGUCUACUCAUCAACAGCAUCCCUUCGGUCCCCAUGUUCAGACGCCGACGACCAUGGCACAUGCAAGUAUGCCUCCGAUGCGGGCGCACCAGACAACUAUGUACCACGCAAGCCAUCAUGCUUCACAGCAAGGUUCAUACGCCCAGGACAAUCAUCAAAAGCGCCCCCCUCGGAGGGGGAACCACUGUGGCAACGGACGGACCCGUAGCCGUCGUUCAUCUCCGGACCGCUUCAGUGGAGGUGGUACCGCUGCUCACAGCACUUUCGAGCAUCCACGCGGCCUUCCUCCCCACAUGGCUCAGCUUAACUCUGACAUGCCUCCUUUCUCCGCGAACGGCAGUGGUUCAUAUACGAACGGGAAUCAGUGGGCGAACGCUGCCCGUUGA